UUCCCGCGACUCAAUUUAGAGAUUUCAGAACUCUCUCUCUCCCCAUUUCUUCGCUGUGUCUCCGUUCUCAAACGUCGCGAUUUCUUCUCCGGUGCUGCGGUAUCGGCGUUUCAAUUCACACUUUCAAUGGCGAGUCCAAGAGUCGUCUCACAAAAUAGAAAGUCUGAUGACCUAGAAAUCGUCUCCGUCGGAGUUCUCUAUAGCGGCUCCUCCUGGGAUAAGAAGUACUGGAGUUCAUCUAGGGGUAAAGACCGAUUCCCUUAUCCUGUGGGCUACAGAGCUGUUCGAGAUCACAAUGGGAACACAUAUUACAUGGAGAUUGAAGAAGGUGCCAAAGGACCUUUGUUUCUGAUUAGAUAUUUAGAUGAAUCAUGGACGGGGCAGACCCCAGAUAUUGCAUGGGGAAAGUUUCAGAAGACGGGAUUCUCCCACUUAAAAAUAUGGCAUGGAAAACGAUUUGCAUGCAAGAUGAACGGCAUGGAGUUUUUUGGCUUCAAAAACCCGUUGGUUCAGAGGUUGCUCCGGGAAUUUGUGACCAAUUCCCAUGGAAUGCUAGAAUCUACCUCCAGCAGUAGGACCUCUCAAAUCCGAACCAAUGAUGAAACGCCAGCCAUGUGUGCAAAUCCAAAUUUAGUAUAUUAUCUGGACAUGCCAGUGGCUAGAAAGAAAAGAAGUAGGAAACCUGGAAUAACAUACCAGAAUUCAGUAGUUAAAGAAGGCCAUAAAAAACAAAGAUUCCAAGACUCAUUAUCGGAUGGCGAGAUUUUAAAUUCAGCAGCAGGGUCAAUCUUCUCAGUAAAAGGAGAAGUGGAGACAGUUGGCCUGAAAGUAGUACCACCCGAGCAGUUGCAUGCUAGUCAUGCUACAAACGAAAAUUCAUCUCUAACAUCAGAAAAGCCUUCACCAGUGAAAGUUGUCAUCCCUAUUCAAGAAAUAGACCCGCUUCCUGACAGCUAUAAAUCAAAGCCAUUAUCCAAAUUUCCUGAAGAGCUUCAUGGUUUGCAAGAAAAGGAAAAGGAAAACAAACCCAACGAUGAUAUUUUUCUGCAUGAGAGCCAAAAUAUGACUGACUCCAGUCUUUGUGCACCUGAUACUUUGGAUUUCCAGCAAGAUAACAACAUAUGUUCUGCUCCAAAAAUAGAUGAUGAUACAAGUUGCGAGCAAAAAGAAGAACUGACCCUUGCUAACAUGGUAGUUGGGGAAGGGCUUUUAGCUGAACCAGAUGCAGAGGAUUUAGCUAACUCUACUUUGAAUCUGAGUUCUAAAAAUAGUGAUUUUGAUUCAGCUGAUCAGGAAACUGUCAAAUCAAUGAUGUCAUUUCUACUUCCUCAAGCAAUUCCACUGCUCAAGAAGUUCUCAUGCAAGAAGCCUCCUACAAAUUAUAUGUCAGACAACUGCAAAACGAGCCAACUUGAUGAUGCGUCAGGAACUGCUGUGUCACUGUCGAUAAGAAACUCUAGUGGAGAUGAUGAGAAUAUGCAAGUUGCUGCUCCAGAUCCCGAUCAGGAUUUUGCAAGUAAUGUAUCCAUUGCCCCUGACAGUUUUGAUGAGUCUCACUUGGAUGGUCCUAGGAGUGGUCAUAUCAUCUCUUCUUCCAAGGAAGCUUAUCCAGCAGACCUUCCUAAAAUCCCUGUAGCCGAAGAACAUGUUGCAACAGUAAAUGAUCUAUCGGUUUCUGCUUUGACGACCACGAAGAUCAUAGGCCCAUCUUCACAUGAUGUUAGUACUAUUGUGGAUGAGAAUAUUCAACACCAAUAUGUGAAGAAGUCCAUGUCAAUACCACAAUGCAACAAUUCAUCCAACAUGAUUUUAUCCCAAGAAUCAAAGGAACUCUCUGCAGGAGAUGGAAACUUGUCGCAGACAGAACACCACUCUGAAAACAAGGAACCAAAGAGUUCAGUUUGUUGUUCUACUGAAGGUAAUGGUUUCGUGGUUGGCACAGCCCCUACUGAAGUUGGUUCUGUUAAAAAAGAAAAACAUAAGGUGUAUAGCAGGAAAAGAGUCUCGACAAAUCAAAAGCAAAGAAACAGAAAUUCAUCUUCUGAAAGUAAAAACAGUUGCAGAAAUAAUGGAGGUGAUGACUCCAUAAGGAAUAUGUCUCCUGUUAAAAUUCCACGUUUCAUGGAGAUUCAGCCGGCCUUGUCUACCAACUCCGAAUCAAAUAGAACAAAUCCACGAGGAAAUGAAAACGGUCAUGUAACAGAAAAAUACCAGGGUCCCGAGUUGGUGAAGGUGAAUAACAACACAUUACUCGUUCUAAAACGCAAUGAGGCGUUACAACAAGAUAUGAGGUCAGCUCAUGCUUUUGGAAAUGGAAGUAUAUCACCAUCCUCAUUCCCAGCUUCAAAAGUUGAGGAUUUUCAAGCCAAUACUGGUGAGGCAUGCGGCAUCCAAGUUUCUGAACCACCUUGUACAAAUUCUCAGUAUAAGGAAAAUACUAGCGAGAAAAGCACGUCUGUACUGGAAUCUCCAGCUAGUCCAAAUUUAAAGCUGAACAGGGAUGUAAAGAUCAACAAUGAGAUGGAAAAAACUGCUGAGCUGCUUGGCUGCUACUUUCAUCCCAUGCCUGUUUCAUCAGUAUUACUCAAGUCUGUUGGAAAUGAAAUCUAUAUUUGCGUGUUCAGCUUUGCUACAGAGGAUAGAGUUAGUACCCUGUUUAUGUACAAGAUAUCAGCUAAAGCACCAAGCAAAGGAUUCCCCUCUGUCAUUGGUCACACUUCCGCCAAACUCCCCAUUGUGGAUGACAAGUCUGGUCGAAAUAGAACACUCGAAAGAUCUUAUUUUCACUUCACUCCAGACGGAGAGCAUCUUCUUUUUACUGGUGACAUCAAAACACCUUAUUGCAGGAAGAGGGAUAUUGAUUGCUCGUGUUUGACUUGUACAACAGCCUGCUUUGAGGAGAAUGCAGUGAGGAUUGUCCAGGUGAAAACUGGUCAUGUUUCUCUUGUGACAAAACUUCAAGCAGUUGACAGUGUGCAGUGCGUGGUGGUGUGCGAUCCUAACUAUCUCAUUGCAGCUGUUAAAAGUGGAAACCUUAUAGUUUGGGGCAUGAACACGCAUUGGAGAGGUCCGGCCGAGGAAUUCGUUAUACUUGCAAAUCCUUGCAUAUCUUCAUGCAUAGUGGAACUUAAGAAGAUCCCAAGAUGUCCACAUCUCGUUAUCGGGCAUAAUGGUAUUGGAGAAUUUACAAUAUGGGAUAUUUCAAAGCGAAGCCUAGUAUCAAGAUUUGUAUCUCCCAGCAAUAUGAUCUUUGAGUUCAUACCAAGCAGCUUGUUUGCGUGGCAUCCUAUACAUAGUCAUUCUACAAUGGAGGAUCACAUUGAUAUGAUUUUAGCUGCAACAAAAUUAUGGUUCUCAAAAGGGAUCAACAACAAAACAUUGGUUCCAGCUGAAGUCAAAGACACUGCCAUCUGGCUUUUAGUCUCUACCGAUCUUGACUCAAAAGAUAAAUGUGAUGGUGUAGAAAGUCCAGAUAGAUGUUGGAGAGUAGCUCUGCUUGUAAAAGACCAAGUUAUAUUAGGAAGUCAAUUGGAUCCGAGGGCUACUGCAGCGAGUACAGUAUCAGGUCAUGGAGUAGCAGGCACCCUUGAUGGACUUGUGUAUUUGUGGGACUUGUCCAGUGGUGCUAAACUUGGCUUUCUUCAUGAUUUCAAAGGUCAAAGAGUUUCAUGCAUAAGUACAGAUGAUUCAAAAAAUAUAUGCAUAGCAAGUGAAGAUGGUCAGCUUCUGGUUUAUUGCAAUCCGGAAAAGUAAACUCAAAAUCAAGGAGGACAAAUUGGCUUUCAAUUGGGUUAGGUACAAACAAUUACAAGUUUCUAUGCUUGUAAACUUUACCAUAUGACUUACAAUUACAAGAUGAGGAGUGUUAUAUUAUCUAGUUGAGAAUGUAAGAAGGAAAUAUAUGAUAGAUGAUGAUAAUAAAUAAGGGAAUUUUAUGUAUAUAGGUAACAUUUCUCAGUUUCCUAUAUGAGCAUAUAUAUAUGAUAUAUCUAACUCUCCCUCUGCUAGAUUUGUUGUAACUUCAGUGGAUUCUAUUCUACAGCCAUUUUUGCUAAAACGUAUAAUGAAAAUAAAUACAAAA